GUGUGUUUUCAGUAGGGCUGAAGCACACAUUUAUAAAGCAGGGAAACGCCAUUGUGUUUAUUGCUUGAAGAUAAGACUUUCGCAAUUUAGUUGACUGCAUGAGUUUUCUUAACGUAUCUGUGUAAACUCAUUUGCUAACAGGAUUUAUUUUGAAAAAUAAGCGGCAGUCAUGAAGGAAGAUCGUGAGAGCGGGGCAGAUUGUAGAGUAAAUGUCAAGUCGAAAAAACAUGUUCGUGAACAGCUUGAGAACUAUAAAGACUUAUUCAAAAAGUUGCUCGAUGGCCAAUGCCAGAUUUCUGAGGAAGACAAAACCAAAUUGCUGCAAGAAAUGGUUGUGAACUUUGAAUUCACAGUGCAAGAAAAUCUAGUUAUUGGUGGCUUGUCAUGGGACGAGGCGUCAGAGGAUUAUUGUGAAGACUAUGAGAGCACAAUAAAUGACAUUCUGGAUGAGAAAAUAGUAGAGACCGCCUGCAAACGGAACUCUUACCCAAAGCAAAUACGCAACAAGGUUGUGCGAUCAUUAAGAGCAGAGAGGAAACUUCUGGGUUUGUAUGAACAGGCAGUGAAGCCACAAGACCUAAAGCCAGACCCAGCUCAAGAGUUUGUCAUCAGAAAUGUAUCAGCUGCUGCACCUGCAGUGUUCAGACAAGCCAGUACGGUUAUGAAGUCUCUGAAAAGUCUGAAACAGGCAGCUGAUGGUUUGCGUCAAGUACUUGACAUGCAGCCUUCCGCGGAGUCGGUGGAAAUCUACAGAGAAGUGUUUGGCAGUUCAGUAGGAGACGUCUGUCCAGAUCUUCACCACAGGAUUCCCUCCACCAUCAAAAGAGCUGUGUCUGAUUCAGAAUACAGUGCAGACUAUGUACCCACUCCAGAAAUCAUCCAAAAGACUGAUGUAAAUUAAUGUGUAUCUGUAUGUGUGUAUCAUUUUGUGUGGCUAUGGAGAAGGGCAGUAAAGGAGUGUUGUAUUGACACCUGUUAUUAAAUAAGUGUUUUGUAUGCUGAUUCUUACCUAUAUAAUGUAAAAAAAUAUUAAAGAAAUACUUUGUGCAUAUAGUUUCUCACCACUUUCUUUUUCAAUUAC